AAGCAAAGACAAGCAAAACCAAGACUUCAUUUGCUUAAGUAACAACCUUUUUACCUUUGUUUUUAACAGAAAAUUUUAGUGAAAAAAUGUUCAAUUUUAACAUUUUAAAUAAUUACCAAUGCAAAGAUAGAUUCAGAUCAAAGAUCUUUACUCUUUGGAUCUAGAUUAACGAUAAUCUGUGAAGAUUAGCAACAAAAAAUGAUUACUUUGUGCACAAUAAACUUGAUUGUACCAAGGAUCAGAGUGAUUCCAGCUCUUUCAAUUGACGCCAUUUCAAACCAGUAACCAAAGGUUCCAUCAUUGAGUUCAAAAUUCAACCAUUAAUUUUUAAUUGAAAAUGCCUUCAAAAAGUAUGGCAACAUCAAUCAGUACUGACCAUACAAUGCUGGUAGUGAAUCUGGAAAAUUUCAACUUUGGUCAGGAUAAUUCCGUUUCAGCUGUUUUAGUAUAUUGUAAACACAAAGUGUUGUCACCUUAUUUUCGUCUCACCUCUUUCCUUGGAUGGCGACCAUUAUUGUCAACAGUUCCCCUCUCUUCGUCAUCAAGUUCAUCUCAACUGUCUUCCUUACAAACAUCACCUGUUCAUCAGCCAUCACUCUCAACAGAACCCUCAACACCAACAAAUGAAGCGCCUGUGUUUACAACAUUUACAUAUUUUCUUAACCUUCUAAUCAACUGGUUGAUUAAUUUAGUCAAUUUUACUUAUACUUUAUUGAUUCUGGUUCUCAUAUUUUCUGCUUACUUUCUUUCAUAUUGUACUUGCUAUCGAGGUGAUGGUUUACCUCAUCUUUUACCUUUGAUCUUGUCAAAUAGUGAUUCAAGCACCAUCAUUAUAAAUGAAAGUACCUCGCCAGAUUCAAAUUUUUUAACAAACAAGUCCGAUGUAAGUGAUUCCAAUGGAUCUGUUUAUGAUCCAAAUAUGCUUUCAACAACACCAUUGCCCAUUGAAUUGAUUAGCGACUCAAAUACCUGCAACAAUAAGUUAAUAUCUCACUUCGUCAUUCCUGAUUUACUUCAUUUUGCUUCCUACCUUUACCUCUUGUACUUACUGCGUACACCUGAAUGUGAACGUCUCGAGAAUCUAAUGGAAAGAGGAUUUCUGCAAUUAUCUCAAACAGCUAAUUGGUUCAUUGAAAGUCGUCGUCUUAUAUCAACUUUACGUGUUUUCCUCCUUUUAUCAGCAGUUUGGAUCAUAUCGUCAUGCAUACUUCACAUUGUCCAUUUUAACAUCACUCUAGUCAAUUUCAAUUGUCUACCCAGCUCAUUGGGUGUCAAUUUAAGAGCCGACCAUUACUCAAACUGUUCGCAUACUGAUGCUACUCAUUACCCAUCAGAUGUCUACAAAAGCGCACCGGACAGCUUCAAUCAAUAUCAUUUCCAUGUAAAUAAUAUUCAUAGAGUUCUAGUCUAUUUGACAGUCGCUUGCCUGACUGUUUUCGAUAUCAUCUGUUCAGCUAUCGUAACCAGCUAUGCUGUCCAUUGUCAGCUGAAUAUUUCAUUCAUCACCUCACUUUGCCAAGGAGUUAGAGAAAAAAGAAUAACCUUUCAGGAGUUUUAUCAAAGGGCUGAAGAGGCAAGGAAAUUUGUUGCUUAUCUAAAUAAUAAUCAAGCCGUUUGCGUCUCUUUGGUUUCAAUUGUUUUUAUUUGUAAAAUUUGUCUUUACACAUUCCUGUUAUUCACCAGAAUCAAUAAUCUGUCAAGUUAUUCAUUGCUUAUUAUCUCGGCAAUUCUUUGGAUUGCUAUCUUGUUGGUUCCAAUGAUUCAAGCUGUCCGGUUAACUCAAUCUUGUAGAAUCUUAAGAAGUCUUGGCCAUGAAUUGAAAGCUCGUCCCUUUGGAUAUCAGCAUACAGAUGAAUCAGAAUUGAAUUCACUACUUCAAUACACCUCAUCACUUAGUAUGGUGGCUAAAUUGUUCAAUUUACCAAUCAAAUCAUCUUCCAUCGUAUUAAUUUUUUCAUUAAUAAUCAUUGGUGUACCUCUUUUGGGUCAAAUCAAUGUUAUCUCCCUUUAAUUUGUUUUGUACAACCCAUUGUACAAUUGUAUUUAAUAUGUUUAACCUAAUUAUAGUUAUCCUUGAGAUUUUAUUAAAUUUUUUAAGCUUUUCAA